GAUUCGUGCGAUCUUCGAAUUUCAGUGUUCUGUUUCGAGUUGGUUUGAAUUAGGUCUAAAUUGUGAGCUGAAUGCUGUGAUUUGCGUGCGUGUGUGGAUGAUCUCGCCGUCAUUGAUGAUCAGAGUCAUUUUUUUUGCUUCAUAUGAAUUUGUGCUUGCUUAUCUAUCGGUGAACAGAAAGGGGGAAGGGAGAUAUAGUAGAUACCGCUUGCGUAUUAGUGGAGGGGAUAGCUACAUUAAUGUCAUUUCUGCAUCUAUCAUCAUAAUCAUGUUCUGUUCAUCUGAAAUUGGCAUCAUCUACGAUUUCACGUCUGUGCAAUGAGUUUUUUCACCAGGAUGAUAGAAAAGUAUGAAACAGUAAUUAAGAGUUUGGUGGGCCGUUGAUUUGUAGCCUUUCCGUUAAAAAAAGGGUGACCUGAGUGAUUCAAACACGCGUAAUUGAAAAAAAAUAAUAUCUUGAAUUUGUCAAAGUGGGAAAUAUAUGUAUGUAUUGGAAUAUUAGAUGAAUUCUGGCAGUUUAGAUUUUAGAAUGCUGCAUAAAAUGCAGGUUAUGAAAAGUUAAUUAACUUUAAAAGAUGGUAAUUAGUAUAUUAAUUAAUCCUAAUUUAAUUAGUUUUUUUUUCGUUCUUUAACCAAAUCUGAAGUCAUGAGUAUUUUAUUGUGAAAAUAAACAGAUAGAUAGAAUUGGCGGUGGAAAAACUCGUGAAAUGCUGGGGGCCCACAUUCUGCCUGCUCUCUUUGCAUUUCCAUUUCGUUUUGCUUUUUCUGUUGGCGAUUAGAAUGUGAUUUAUUGCGAGGUAUUGGUUAGGUGUUGAAUUAGAGGGAUGGCUUCACGGUGAAUAUCCCUCAUUAAAUGCUAAUUUACCCAAUUCCGAUCUAAUCUAUUAAAAAGUUAAAAAUUAGUAAAAGUUAAAACCUGUACUUCUUUGGAAUUAGUAGCUCUGAAACUGAAAGAAACACGUCAAUUGAAACUUUGUUUAUAUUGAAGAGAUGUCUCAUGCGAUUUUGGAAUCAAUAAUUUCUUAACUAUUUAUGUUUAUUUAGUUAUAUAUAAGUGGUAAUCGCAUUUGCGUGUGAAAACUAGAAACGCAAUAAAAAAGAUUAGUCUUUUUCUAGUUUUAAUCAUACGGACCACGAUAAAACAAAAUUUUGCCACGAAAUAGAAAAAGUGGAAGAUGAAAUUAGUACUAAGGUCCACUUUGUUUACGGGUACUCAACCCCUUUCCGUAACGUCACCAUUACUCAUGCUUAUCUCAACCAUGUGAGAGAUAAUUGAAAUUCUUCGGGAAUUUGUAAUUUAAAUCUAUUGAAGAAAUUUUUUUGGUGUUAUGCUAAAUUUUGUAACUUUGAAGAUCAUACCUCUGGCCUCUGUUUUGCUCAGUCUGUCAGUCUUUGUGAGACAUGUCUAUAUAUAGGACGGAGGAAGAUAGAGCAUAGUGUUAUUUAAAGGAAAAAGAUUAUCGUGAACUGUUCAAAAUUAUUACUACUAUAAUUGUGACGUGUCGGUUACAAUUAUGAAUUAUCGAUAAGCACUCCAUAUAUACAUUGCUUCAAGCUUACUGUUAAGUGUAAGUUUAAUUGGGCGUCCGAUUAAAAAAAGUUUUGAUUUUUUUGUUACAAAUUUUAUAAUUACCGAAAAGAUUAGGUUUUGGGUAUGAUAAGUUUUGACAUUUGAUAACGUCAGAAUUAAAGCGUUAUCCCAACAUUUUAUUUAAAUAUAAAAUAUCUGAUUUCCUUGUAAUUAGCAAAUUAGAAUAUUUUUAAUAGCUUUGAGGAUAUUAUUUCCUUAUCUUUUAUGAUUAUCGUCUUGUCAUCAAUUACUGGGUAAUGGUAGAAAAGAUAAAAUCAUAAAAUGAGUAAAAGGCAAAACCCAUAAUGCAGGAGCGCCCGCUUCAUGAAGAGAGAGAAAUUGAACAUAUAAGUUUUGCAAUCUCAGUUUUUAUCCUUUUCUGAAAAUAAUGGCCGAAACGGAGGUUUCAAAUGUGGCGUCUAAAAUGGUUGCAAUUGAGGAGAUAUGUGGGUUGGACAUGAGCUCUAACCAGGAUCUACUCAAGCCCGAUAGCAACGGUAACAACCACCAUAACCAAGCCAAUGAUCUGGAUCACUCAUAUAUUUUUGUUACUGGGGCUGAUGGCCUCCCUGAUGAUACUCUCGAUGACAAGGGUGUGGCUAUUGGGGGUUCUAGUGUUCCGCCUCCACCUGAGGAUUCCCAAUAUAAAAAAGUUGGUGAAUUUUGUGAGGAAGCUCCACACCUGAUUGAGGGGGAGAAUGGGGAAGUUGAGCCGAGCAACGGGCACUCUCACCUAGUAAAUUAUAUUACCUGCAAUCAUGAGAGUUCCCAUGAGAAUGGACAGGGGGUCCAAGUUUCUGUUACUGACUCUGGGGAGGUGAAUGCUAAUAAAAUUGAAAGUUCGUUGGAAGCUGAAGUUGAACUUGUGGAUUCAGAUGGAAUAAGUGAAAGCUUGGCAAAAGCUGAGGGGUUCCACGUUUCAGUUGCUGAUCCUCAGGAGGUGCAUACUGGGAAACCUGGAAGUGCGGCUGAAGCUACUGUUAAGCAAGUUGAGGAUUCAAUUUCAAACGGAAUAUCUGAAAGCAUGCCGGAAGCUGAGGUAGUGAAGGCUGUUGAUCAAAAUAGAGGAAUUGAGGCUGUGGAAGAUGGCGAACAAGAGAAUGUUGAUGGUGUUAAAAUAGCGGAGUCCCCUCGUGUUGUUGAGAAUCAGGAAACUCAAGUUGGGGCUUUAGAGUUGGUAGCAGAAGUAGAAGAGAAUGGAGAAUCACGUACCAAUUUUUCGAACAUCAAUGGUUCCCAUAGUCCCGAUGAUGGUGAAAAUCAAAGUAACACAAGUGUAACUGAGGCAUUGGUGCAACAAAGCUCUCAAGACAUGGUUGUGGAUGAAGAUAAGCAUGAUUUGCAAAAUGUUUCUAUGGAGGCUGAGAAUGAUGCAAAACCGACCUCAGAAGCUGCAGAACAUGAAGUUCCUACAUCAACUUCCCUGGGUUUGGAUUCAGAACCGUUUUCAGUUCAUAAUAUGAACAAGAUCCUUGAGGAGGAGGCGAAGACAGACUUGAGCUCGGAUGUACUUGAAAAUCAACAGGGUGAUGACUCUGGGUUUAGUAACAUUGCUCAAGAUAUGGUGGGAGAAACAGAUGAUCUAAAACCUGUUGUGAGUAGUACUGAUUCUCAUGUACAAACUACUCGUGACUUGGUUUUAGAAGAAAACAAUGAGGACUUGCCUGUACUUGAAGUUGAUAAUGGCCCACAAUAUCAUGAAGAAUCACAGGAACUCCUGGCUGUAUGCAAUGCUGAUUCUCAAAUGCUAACCAUUUGUGACUUGGUUUUAGAUGAAAAAAAUGAGGAAUCAUCUGUACCCGAAGUUGAACAGGUGGCUAAAUGUGAUGAGAAAUCAGAGGAAGAAUCUGUGGUGAGCAGCACUGCUUCUCAAGUGCCAAAUAGUCAGGACAUGGUUUUAGAAGAAAAAAAUGAAUACUCAUCUGUAUCUGAAGUUGAAGAUGGUAUUCAAUAUCAUGAAGAAUAUCAAGCACAACCUGUGAAAAGUAGUUCUGGUUCCCAAGUGCUAAUUACUCAUGACUUGGUUUUGAAAGAAAAAAACGAAGUCUCAUCUGAAUCUGAAGUUGAAGAUGGUAUUCAAUGUCAUGAAGAAUCUCAGGAGCAACCUGUGGUGAGUAGUUCUGAUUCUCAUGAUGAAACUACUAGUGACUUGGUUAUAGAAGGAAAGAAAGAGGACUUGCCUGUAUCUGUAUCUGAAGUUGAAGAUGGUAUUCAAUGUCAUGAAGAAUCUCAGGAGCAGCCUGUGGUGAGUAGCUCUGAUUCUCAUGAUGAAACUGCUAGUGACUUGGUUUUAGAUGGAAAGGAAAACGACUUGUCUGUAUCUGUAUCUGAAGUUGACAGUGGUGCUCAAAAUACCAAAGAUUCUCAGGAACAACCUGAUGUUUCUGGAGUAUCUGAUGAUACUUUGCCAUCUGAAACCUCAACUCAGGUUUCUGGCCAAACGGAAAGCUAUCCAACAGCAGAUGUUCAUGCACCUCAAAGUGAACUUAAAGUUUCUGAUGUUGCAGAAAUUGGAAAAUUCUCUUCUCCUUCAGUUGUUGGUCUAGAAUCACAAAUCAUUGAGCAAGUAGUUCCUGCUCAUGACAGUGGGAUUAGGUGUACUGUAGAGGAGGCAAGCUCAGGAUCUGACGGUGUGCUUGACAUGGUGGGUCCAGAAAAGGAAAUAGCUUUUGAAGGCGGUGAGGCCCAUUCUGAAUCUACAGUCUCAAGUGGGAAAUCAGAAGUUGGAGAUAGCUCACCAGAAACACUUGAUGUGAAAUUGGAACCUGAUGGUCAUGUUCCUGACUUUUCUGCCAUUAACAGUGGCGAAAAGAUUGAUGAUGUGACUGUCUCUUGUAGAACAGAUAAUUCUGAUAGCUGUAAUGCUCGUGUAGUGAACCUUGAGUUGGAGGUAGAUGGUGUUCAAAAUGUGGCAGAUCAACUGGCAGGUGCUCCAGAGAACCUGCUGGUGCAAGAGAAAGAGAACACUGAGAAUUCUCAGAACGAAGAGACCUCUGUGUCUUCAGCAGGGGUGUCCACUACAAGUACUACUGUUGUAGAAGACAAAAGUAUCAAGACAAAGCCAUUCAACUUUCUGAUUAGGACUCCAAGAUUUGAUGAUGAAAGUCUUAGAGAACAAAUCAGACUUGCAAAGCUACAAGUUGAUGAGACGACAAAACUCAGGGAUGCUGUUCAACUUAAAAUCCAAGAGAAAAGACAGGCCAACACUCAGAUUCAUGGUAUCGAUUAUGAGUAUGCCAAGAGUGAAGGCAGGAAUGCUCGAAAGUUGGUCAGGUCAAAGCGCACAGAAAUAGAUUCUCUUCAGUCUGUGAUCAACAAGGCAAAGAAUGCAUUAUCUAUUGAGGAUAUUGAUAAACAGAUACAUAAUAUGGAACAUAUGAUACAACAUGAGACUCUUCCCUUGAAGGAAGAAAAACAAUUUAUUCGUGAAAUCAAGCAACUGAAGCAACUUCGUGAACAAUUGUCUUCUAACAUGGGUAGCCAAGAUGAAAUCAAGAAGGCUCUUGAGCAGAGAGAGGAGACUGAAGAGCGCUUAAAGAUUCUAAGGAAAGAGCUUGACGUUCUAAAGAGUAGAGUUGUAAAGGCUGAAGCAACUGCUGUGGAAGCUGGAAAAAAAUAUGAUGAUGAAAACAGGAAGGUUAAGGAACUCCAAGCUCAGUUUAGGGCUGCCAAUGAUGUCCGACAAGAAGCCUAUGCUCAGUGGCAGGAUUUGAGAAAAGAACUCACAAAAAAGAGCAAAUACUUCUUCAAGUACAAGGAUGCUGCUGCUGUUGCCAGCAAUUAUGCAUAUAGCAGGGAUACAGAAGCACUUUACCUCCUGUGCAUGAAUCAGGUUGAAAGUUUUAUGGAGCUGUGGAAUACGAACCCUGAGUUCCGUAGCGACUACGCCAAGUUCAAUGCAAGGAGUAAUGUCCGGAGAUUCGGGACUUUGGACUGUCGUUCACUUGGACCUGACGAGGUACCACCUGUCUUACCCAGUUAUGCUAAUGAGAGAGGUAAUAAGAGGGUGGCGGUGUCAACACCAGCCAAGGUUGAUCUAGCGCCACAAGAUCCAACUAUGGAGCUAAAUCAAAAAAUACCUACUGAGAAAAUGACCGUAGACAGUAAAUCAAUCAAGAAAGUGACAGAACCCAAGAACCAGAAAAUAGUAAACGCGCCUGCUGUCACUGUACAAGAAAACGGGCCAGAUACUCAUACUGUAAGCCACCUUGCCGAUGAGGAGCCGGUCAAAUCUAGGGAGGAGAUUGAGUUGAUAAGGAAAGCGGAAGAACUGAGAAGAGAGGAAGACGCAGCAAAGCUGAAAGAGCAAUGCCGCUUGGAGGCACUUGCAAAGGCCAAUGAGGCACGCGAAAGGAAGAAGCGGCAAGCAGAGAAGAUGCAGCAAAGAGCAGAACUGAAGACACAGAAGGAGGCAGAACAGAGAGAAAAGGAGAGAGAGAAGAGACUGAGAAAGAAGGAAAGGAAGAAGGCUGUAGGAACAGACGCUAAUGAUAUCACCAACAACAACUGUGAAACAGCGGCAAGCUCUGAAAGCGCCGCUGAGAAUAAUAGCAAGGACGUAGAUGUGAAGGAGACGACUACUGCAACGACCAAAAAGGCUCAAAAGCCUUGGCUGGCUGCGAAGCACAGCAAGGGAAAAUCCAUCCCGCCACCUCUUCGAAAUAGGAACAAGAAGAAACUGCAGCAGUGGAUGUGGGUGGGCAUCACAAGCAUCAUUAUUUUAGUUCUUUUCUGGCUGGGAAACAUGGGUAUGUUCUCCAAUGUCGCUCUCAAGCGCCGAGCCCCCGUUUACUAACUUUCUUUCGCCUCAGCCGAGCCGGAUAUAAUCACGGGUUUUUCUAUACAGAUAGAGCCGGAUUCACAUAAUUUCAUCCCCUAUUCGGAUCAACCAUCUUUAUUUAGCUUAUAGUUAUGGAGAAUAUCUCUGAGUUUUAUAGUUUAUAUACAAGACAGGUUGAUAGUGAGAGGCUUUCUUGAUUUGUAUGGAACAUAAACAUUUUAAUGGUGGUGUUGUCUGGAAACUGCCACUGGGUAUACUAUGAUACGAUUGGUUGUUCA